AUGUAUGAUGACUACCUGUGGAUUGAGGGAAUACCUUUCCUUUGUGUGUGGUUUAAACCUGAAAUCAUCAGAGAAGUGCAUGAUAACUUUGUGGUGAAGGAUGAAGAUAGUAGUUUGUCUUACCCCAAGUCAGGAACCAACUGGUUGGUUCAGAUUCUCUGCCUGAUUUGUACCAAGGGGGAUCCCAAGUGGGUCCAAUCUGUGUCUGUUUGGGGCACUCACCAUGGGGUAGAGAGUGGUGUGGGUUUUGAAUUACUGAAAAAUAUGGAGGGCCGAAGAUUCACCGCCACCCACCUCCCCUUCCAACUCUUCCCCAAGUCUUUCCUCAGUUCCAAGGCAAAGGUGAUUUAUCUCAUCAGAAAUCCCAGAAAUGUUGCUGUAUCUGGUUACUUUUUCUGGAAAAAGCUCAAUGUUUGUAAAAUAGCAAAGUCAUGGGAUGAAUAUUUUGAAUGGUUCAUCCAAGGGAAAGUCCCAUAUGGAUAGUGGUUUGAGCACACUCGUGGCUGGAUGUCUAUGAGAGAGAGGGAAAACUUCCUGGUAUUGAGUUAUGAGGAGCUGAAAAAGGACACAAAAGGAUCUAUACAGAAGACCUGCCAAUUCCUGGGAAAGAAGUUAGAACCAGAAGAACCGGAUUUAGUCCUCAAGUACGGUUCCUUUGCUUCCAUGAAAGAAAACAACAAGUCCAAUUUUUCCAUCUUGAAAAAGGAUAGUAAUGACCCUGCAAUACUUAUGAGAAAAGGCAUCUGUGGAGACUGGAAGAAUUACUUUAUGGUAUCCCAAGCUGAAGCCUUUAAUAAAAUAUUCCAGGAGAAUCUGGCAGGUCUUCCUCCAGGGCUAUUCCCUGGGAAUAAUUUCCAAAAAUUUCUGGAUGUCCUAUGGGUAUUUUGUUACGUGAAUGAAAAACUGACACAGAAAAUUGGUCCUAAUUAUUGGGGUCACUGUCAUGACAGUAUAUUUUCAAGUGCUUCAGAGCCUUUGGAACUGGUUUAUGGAAGAAGUUUGGAAGAAUUUAUAGAAGCUGGUGGUUACAGAAGGCUGCCUAACACCACACACAAAGAGUUCUUCAUCAUCGUUGAUGACUAUCUACGUACUUCUACAGAAGUACGUGACAAGUUUCUAGUGAAGGAUGAAGAUGUUGUAACACUGACUUACCCCAAACCAG